AUGUCUGACGCCGGCAGUGAUGCCGCGAAGGGUCUCUCAGACAACGAGGCCGGAGCUGCUGUCGCGCCAGCAGAGAGCGAAAUUGGGGGGACACCGCGUGACACAGUCGAAGAGAAUGGCCUAGACGAUGAGGACGAUCUGUUCGGUGAUGGGGGAUCGCAGCGCAAGCUCGAAGAUGAGGAGCUCGACUCUGGCGACGACGAGGCACGCGACGACCGGGCACCCCAAGCUGUUGAAUACGAACAAGAGCAGCAGACACUGUCUUUCAUGGAGACAGACCUCGCACGACAUGCUGUCCCAGAGCCUACCGAUGGCGAGCUGUAUGCUUUGAAGGUGCCGCGAUUUUUGGCAUUCGAGCCAACUGUGUUCAACCACAAGACAUUCCAGGCGCCAACAACAGAUCACCACUCGAAGUUUGGUGCCUCCGAGCAUUUCUCCGCAUACGAUACCGCCAUGUCGACAAUUCGCUGGCGACGGUCGCCCUCAAAUCAGGCAGAGCUACAGUCUAAUGCGCGUAUCCUGCGCUGGUCUGACGGUUCAUUGACUCUGCAGUUCGCCAGCAAUCCGACCACACAGUUCGACAUUGAUGCAAACACACUUGCCCCGCCACAAAUCAACCCCAGGAUUCCUACACCUACUUCCUCGAAGCAUGGCCUGAAAAGUGACAAGGAGAGCUACACAUAUCUCGUUGCCCCCUAUGAGGAGGCUCAGAUUAUGCGCGUGACAAACAAGUUCACCACUGCCCUGAGUGUUGUGCCUGCCGCAAAUUUGAAGGAUGCUGCGCUCGAGAAGCUGCAGAACGACUUGGCAGCUGCAGCCACCCGUGGCCGAGACGAAGCUGAUCAGGCAAUUUCGUUCGUCAAAGUCGACGAAGACCCUGACCUCAUCAGGCAACGUGAGGAGGCUACAUUCAAAGAAAAGCAGCGACAACUGAGGGCGAAGGAAAAGCACGCUGAGCGACAAGCCGAGCGCGCAAACCGUGGCGUAGGGGGUCAUCGUGGCGCGCGCUCAGCAGGUCUCAGCAUUGACGACCUUGAAGACGGUGAUGGCGCCCCCCGAUCGAAGAAGCCCCGUCCGAAGUCGGGCUUACGACGAGACUGGAGCGACGACGAAGACUACGGCCGUGGUCCCGGCAGGAACCGCGAAGACGAUUACGACGAAGAAGACGAUUUUAUCGCGGCCAGUGACGAGGAGCCGGAGAUUGUCGAAGAUGAUGACGACCCGGAUGAAGGUAUCGCUCCAAGCCCUAAGAGGCGCGGCGGCGGCCACGAUGACGAUGACGAUGCGGAGGUGGUUCCCGCCCAUCGGAUAAAACGGAGACGAGUUGUGGAUGAUGACGAAGACGACGAGUAG